CAAAGUAGCAAUUGAUCAAAGUUACAAACUUGUAAUCGAGCUAUUACAACAAAAGUUUUACUUGAUAGGAUACCACGUGCGUUGGAGAAGAUCGGUUAGAUAUGGCAUCAUAGCGUGCGAUUGUGUUCUACUGGUGCGGAAUUCGUACGACUCGCUCUCCGGCACCUCGGUUCAUAUUGAUUGCCGGUGACAUUCUUUAUCAAUACACCCCCGGCCCGCGGCGCGCGGCCGCACCGCACAACACCCAAAAGAAACAGAAACGUUUCUUCGCGCGCUCUGAACGCACACGAAAAAAGGGCGGAGACUCCGCGGCGACGUCGUCGCCCAAUCGAAUUAGGGCUCCGAAGGCGACCGGCCAAUCAGACUGAGCCGCCGGGGCGGGCGCGCGCACGCGGCCGCGCCCUCGUUUCGCUCCGGCUUUUUAUUUAUUGUUGCGCGAAACGGCGCGCGCGACGGGCGUGUGUGUGAUGCGCGCGUAGUUUGAUAUUGCGAGCAUGGAGUCCGCCGUGGACUCAGCGUCGACCACCAGCGAAGUUAGCGGGUCCUCAGGCGGUUCGCCGAGAGUGAAGGCGGCGUCGCCGGCGCGGGCCAUGAGUCCGCCGCAGCUGCUGGCGCCGAGGAUGCCGCUGCCGCCGCCAGGGCUAGGGCUGCUCGGCUCGCUGCAGAUGAUGCACCACUCACCGCUCGAGCUGAUGGCGGCCGCGCACCACCACGGGCCGCCGCGCUACGGCAGCCCUCCUCCCAUUUCGACAUCAGACCCUUCGGCAAACGAGUGUAAAUUAGUUGAUUAUCGAGGACAGAAAGUUGCCGCGUUCAUAAUCCAAGGGGACACUAUGUUGUGCCUGCCGCAGGCGUUCGAACUGUUCCUUAAACACCUGGUGGGUGGGCUGCAUACAGUGUAUACGAAGUUGAAGAGACUGGACAUAGUGCCGCUGGUGUGCAACGUGGAGCAGGUGCGCAUUCUGCGCGGGCUGGGCGCCAUCCAGCCGGGCGUGAACCGUUGCAAGCUGCUCUCCUGCAAGGACUUCGACGUGCUGUACCGGGACUGCACCACGGCAAGGUGCCUGUCAAUGAAAGCGCCCGACAGCUCCAGGCCGGGUCGACCUCCGAAGCGCGCGUCCGGCGUGGGCUUGUCUCUCGCGGCCACGCAGUUCCCGCCGCACCCCUUCAAGAAGCACCGGCUCGAGAACGGCGACUACUCGCCUUACGAAAAUGGACACAUGAGUGGUCACUUCCUUGUUGCAGAGAUCGCGCGCAUGGAGAAAUCGCCGCUGCUGGCUAACGGCUACAACGCGCCGCCGACGCACCUGGGGCCCAUGGGAUUCAUGCACCAGCACGCGCUCAUGUCGCCCGGCAUGCCGCACCACGGCGUGCCCAGACCUGACGGAUCCAUCAUCAAAGGACAGCCUAUGCACAAUAUGGAAGCGUUAGCAAGAUCUGGUAUUUGGGAGAAUUGUAGAGCGGCGUACGAAGACAUCGUUAAGCACCUAGAAAGAUUGCGUGACGAAAGAGGCGACAUGGAACGAGUUAUGGCAAUCGAUAAAGCUCGUGAAGGGUCACAUAAUGGUUCAUCGCCAGGUCACAGUCCUGUGCUCAACCUCUCGAAGUCGGGGUCGGGCGACCGCGACCGCUCGGACCGGAGCGAUCGCAACGAGCGGGGCGAGGGCUCCGCUAGUGGGCGCAGCUCCGUCGCGUCGCGCCGCACGCCGCAGCCGCCGCGGUUGCCGUCCGCGGCGGCGCCCGCCUCGCCGCGCUCGCACUCGGACGAGAGCGACGCAAACAUGUCGGACCAGGACGACCACAACAUGAAGGAGGAAGACGAGGGAGCAGAUCUGAGCGACAACGACCGCGACCUGCCGACGUCCGGGUCGCCCGCGCCCGUGAGCUACGCGGCGCAGGCGACGCCGCCCGUGCCCGUCGACCCCACGGCCGACACGCUGGUCUCCUCCACCGAGACCCUGCUCCGGAACAUCCAGGGGCUGCUCAAGGUGGCGGCGGACAACGCGCGCCAGCAGGAGCGCCAGAUCAGUUACGAGAAGGCUGAAUUGAAAAUGGAUGUUCUUCGGGAGCGAGAAGUGAAAGACAAUCUAGAACGACAACUUCUCGACGAACAGAAAAUGAGAGUUAUGUACCAGAAGCGGUUAAAGAAGGAACGAAAACAACGGCAGCAGGUGCAGGACCAGCUGGAGCUGGAGUUGAAGCGGCGGCAAAAAGUCGAGGAGGCGCUCAAGCAGUCCGGCGCGCCCGCAGAGAUCCUCAGGAUCGUUACUGAGAACCUCGCAUCACCGGCUCAGGAGCCGGCGCGGCAAGAGCGCGAGAACGGCGACAGCAAGCCUCCCAGCACGGAGCCCCCGGCGCCCUCGCCGCCGUUCCAGCGCGACCCGCCGCGCACGCCCGACAAGCCGCAGUGGAACUACCCGCCGCCGCCCGUCGACAUCAUGGCCGGCGGGGCCGCCUUCUGGCAAAACUAUUCCGAAUCCCUCGCCCAAGAGCUGGAGAUGGAGCGCAAGUCCCGGCAGCAGGCCAUGGAGCGCGACGUGAAGAGCCCGCUGUCGGAGCGCGCCAGCUACUACAAGAAUUCGGUGUUGUUCAGCUCGGCCACUUAGCUACCAGACGCCGGGGCCGCCGAACACCCCCAGGAGCACGACAAGCCUGACGAGACCAGGAAACCCAUUAUAAGCGUCAAACCCGAAUUCAGGGAGAAAUAAUAUCCAAAGAUUUAUUGGAGACUCAAUUCGACGGUCCCUAGUGAUUAUUUCGACAUAGCGAAUGGUCGAAAACAAUAUGUUCAUGUACAUUAAAUGUUCAUCCGAUUGUUUAUUAUAUAUAGUCAAGUUUUUCGUAUAAAGAUCUCGAUGAAGUAAGUUGUACUUCUCUGUUUUGAGAUUAAAAAGCACUACAGUAAUGUAAAUAUUGUUAUUGAAGUAAGAUACGUAGAUUUCGUGGCGAAGUCUCAUGACCUCUUCUUCCAUAGUAAAAUUUGUAAAUAUCGCUUUAUAUUUAAAUAAGUUAAUCUAACUGUUUAUCGACGAUUUACGUAAUUUAUUCGUCAA